UGCCGGGUUUAAUGGUUAAUAAGAAUUUUGUUCCUCCAAAGUCAACAUGGUGAUGCAGCUCUGGGCUUGGUAGCCUGCGCUGCCCCUCCCGUAUUACUCGUAUAAAACAAGGACUCCAGCAGAGAUCUGUUCCUGACAAAACCCUCCCGAUUCUGUCUGCCCGUCCGUCUCACCGACUGCUGCCAUGUCGUUUGUUGCUCCUCCUGGCUAUCAGCCAAUCUACGGCCCUAGAAUGCCCUAUCUGGGGCCAAUUUAUGGAGGCCUGAGGGAAGGGGUGUCCAUUUACAUCCAGGGGUCCAUUCCUGAGAACAUUACCAGGUUCUUAAUCAACCUGCUCUGCGGAGAGUCUGAGUCCAGCGACAUCGCCCUCCACAUUAACCCUCGAUUUGACGGCCGGGACAAGGUGGUCUUUAACUCUUGUCAGGCGGGAUCCUGGGGUUCUGAGAACAAGAUCCGUGAUAUGCCCUUCACGAUAGGCCAAACCUUUGAAAUGGUCAUCAUGGUCAAUUCCCAGGGCUACCAGAUUAAAGUCAACGGGAAUGAGUUCCACACCUUCGAACACCGUCUACCUUUGAACAGGGUUUGCGCGUUGCAGAUCGCAGGAGAUGUUUCCAUCCAGACAAUUAACAUCAUAGGGGUGAGACUUCCUGUCCCUGAAGCUUUCAGCUUAAUGCUUUUGGGCUUUGUUGGGGCAAAUAAAUUCAGCAGCAUAAGGAAUCACGAGCAGCUCAUUUCUGACCUUUUUUGCUUCUUAGUCAGGGUGCUCGAGGGUGGAAUGGGCGGCGGAAUGGGCGGCGGAAUGGGAGGAGGAAUGGGAGGAGGAAUGGGAGGAGGAAUGGGCGGAGGAAUGGGAGGAGGAAUGGGAGGAGGAAUGGGAGGAGGAUAUCCAGAAGGUGGCAUGGGGGGAGGAUACCCAGGUGGCAUGGGAGGAGGAAUGGGAGGAGGAAUGGGAGGAGGAAUGGAAGGAGGAUAUCCAGGAGGUGGCAUGGGGGGUGGAUAUCCAGGAGGAAUGGGAGGUUGUAUGGGGGGAGGAUCAAACCUGCCGGGAAUGGGCGGGCAGCCGGUCUACAAUCCUCCUGUGCCCUACUCCACCAUGAUCCCAGGAGGGAUGUACCCUAAGCGGACCAUCAUCAUCAGAGGCAUGGUGCCCUAUGGAGCACAAAAGAUAUGCAUCAACUUUAAGGUGAGCAGAUCUCGGGACAUUGCCUUCCACCUGAACCCCAGGGUGAGGGAGGGCAUCGUGGUGAGGAACAGCAUGAUUGGAGGUAACUGGGGCCAGGAGGACAGAGAGGCCAGCUUGAACCCCUUCAUGGAGGGACAGUACUUUGAUAUGUCGGUUCGCUGCGGGAACCAGAGGUUCAAGGUGUUUGUGAAUGGGCAGCACUUGUUCGACUUUGUCCAUCGCCUGCAGUCCUUUAAUGAGGUUGACAUGCUGGAGAUAGAAGGCGACGUGCAGAUCUCUUACAUCCACUUCUGAGACCAGACACACCUUUUAGACUCUAUCAGUUCUGUACAAUUUUCAUCUAUUUCAUUGGGUUUUCAGUGUUCAGAUGAUAUUUAAGAGGAUAUGUCAGCCACUGUGUUAUCUUAGUUA